CGGCCUCACGGCUCGUUACAGAGCGAGGCGGUGGCAGACUGGCAGUGACAACAAGCAGCUGUUAGUCAGUGCUCAGUGGUCCAUAACAACACAGGUACAGGAUCUCUGGGUGUUAUACUGGCACGCUUCAGCACCUCAGUAUUAAUAACAACUGCCUUCUUGUGAUCACCAGGAUGAGGCUGCUGCUGCAGCCCAUCAUCACAGCUCCUGCAAAGUGGUUCUCAUGGUUUCCUUGCCGGCAGGUGGGCUGGGCUAACAUGGACAAGGUGGAGAGUGCUAAGAAGGCAGCAGCCCACAGGGCCAUAGAUGAACAUGUCAAGGAUGCAUACAAGGUCGGAGUUGGGAGUGGCUCCACGGUGGUGUAUGCCGUUGAGAGACUCGCUCAGCGUGUUCGUGAGGAAGGGCUGAAGGUGGUAUGUGUUCCAACCUCCUUCCAAGCACGACAGCUCAUUGUGAACAAUAAUCUGCAGAUAUCUGACCUUGAAAUUACACCUGAGCUGGAUGUAGCCAUUGAUGGAGCAGAUGAGGCAGACCAACAGCUAACACUUAUUAAAGGAGGUGGAGGAUGUCAGCUGCAAGAAAAGAUUGUUGCUGCAGCUGCCAAGACCUUUGUUGUCAUUGCUGACUAUAGAAAGGAUUCCACAGUUCUUGGGGAACAGUGGAAAAAAGGCAUCCCCAUUGAAGUUGUUCCCAUGGCUUAUUGUCCUGUCAAGCUGAAAAUUGAAAAUGAACUUGGUGGAAAGGCAGUCCUGCGGCAGGCCAAGGCCAAAGCAGGUCCUGUUGUGACAGACAAUGGGAAUUUUAUCCUUGACUGGGUGUUUGACAGGAUCCAUGACUGGGAGAAAGUGAACCAGCAAAUCAUGAUGAUUCCAGGUGUGGUGGAGACAGGCCUCUUUGUAAGCAUGGCAUCUACAGCUUACUUUGGAAUGCAAGAUGGGUCUGUAAAAGAGCGCCAUGUAUGAGUUUUAAAGUGAAAGUAGCAACAACUGAAACACUCCAGUGGUAAUCUUACCACACAACCUUCAAUAACAUACAGCAGAUGUUAUUGUUUUUUAUUACUUUCAUAAGUCUAUAUUCAUUUAUGUGUUUAAAUUAAGAAUUGUUUGGGGGAAAUGGUUGAAAUGUUAUCCAUUUACAUAUCUUUAUAGGAUUGAGACUGAUAAGAUGUCACAUCUUGUCUCAUUGUAAGAAUAUGAAUACAGAGAGGACAGUCUCCAGUACCUUACAAUCCGUCCCUUUUACUUACCUCUCAUGACGUGUAGUGAGGUUGGUGGCAGUAUUUUUCCAACCCAGCUACAGUGUAUGGCCAGGCUGUGUCUCUCAUACCAAAGGAGAAAUAAUAAUAUUAGUGCCACUAAUAAUU